ACCAGGUGCUUCCUGCACUGACAGUCUCUCAGUGGGGGCUACCUGUACCACUCAUCCAGGAGCAAAAAUAGCUGCAUUGCUUGGAUGCAUUGUGUUAUUUGGCAAUACCUGCCAGGAAUUGCAGGAGGGAGCUUGAGUCAGACCCCUUGAAAUGCUUGCAUUAGGGUUCAGAAACCACAUAAUGCCUGAUGUUCUGGUUCAAUGCGUCCAGUUGGUGCUGCUGGAGUGUUGAUAAAUAGCUAGCUGGUCUGUCAGCCAAAUGGGGGAUGUGCUGACCUGCAGAAAUGAGCUGAGUGCAGAUGGCUGCUCUGCUGGGAGGGUGGCGGGGCAUGGCUUCUGGGUUGAUAAGAUAAUGAUAACAGUGUGAUCUGUUAAAGAAAAAAAGAUGCAUUUCUAAUCUCUGUGAAUCUUUGGCGGUGCGUAGCGUGAGGCGGGCCGGGAGGGGACAGCCGCGAGCCGUGCUGCGGCGCGCAAGAUGGCGGCUGCACACAAGAUGGCGGCGACGACGAGACGGCGGGAGCUGCCCGCCUGGAUGGGGACAGCGGGGGAAGGCGAGCGGCCGAAGGGGGUGCCGGACCGGGUCCGACGGCGACGGCAGAAAGGGGCUGCGGAGCACAGGGCAGCGACCGUGUACUGCAUGAACGAGGCGGAGCUGGUGGACGUGGCGCUGAGCGUGCUGGCUGAGAGCUUGCAGCGCGAGGGAGCUGAGGAGAAGGCCUGCAGCGGGAGUCAAGAGGAGCAGGACCAUGAGCAAGUGGAACAGGAGCUCCAGGCAGCACCGAGCCAGGCUCCCGGAGGCACGGCUAGCGUGGAGGAGGACAGCGACCACAGCCCGAGCCCUCCAUCUCCUUCUGGUGCUGGCACGGAUGCAGAGAGGGCUGGCCUUGAUGACUCUGAGGACGAUGCUCUGAAAUAUGUCAGGGAGAUCUUCUUCACUUAGCAUUGCCUCUAGCACAGCUGUGCAGGCAAGGACAGGGUUCAGAGGGCACAGCCCAUCGAGAAGGAGAAGGUUGGGUGCCCUCUGAGAGGGCAUUCCUGAAUCACGUGUCAGGCAGUGUCCUGCUGGUCUCCCUUACCCCAUGUCUUGUCGCUGGGACACUACAGACCCUCACAAGCAGCAAUAAAGGGAGUGAAGGAAUGCAGUUACUGCCCAAACUCAAGGGUGGCGAUGCAUGCUGGACACUAAGAGGAGCCUAAGCUGAGUUCCAGCUCAUCGUGAGCUCCAAGCUUGUGUUGGAUAGGGCUGAACACAGGGCAGUAAAUUAGGAGUUGCAUACUUGCUGUGGGCAUGAACUGCCUGUCAGCUUAGCUGUGGACCAGCAGCCCACCCAUGGCUGGGAUGGCUGUGGUACCAGCUGCUGAAAGAGUCAAGGUUCAGCUGUGGUGAGAGCAUCCCAAGGAAGAUCAAUAGCAGCAAGGUGGUUCACAGGAUGUGUGUACGAGUGAUAACUCGUGCACCCACGUUACUUGGAAUAAAACCUUGAAGAUACAAUUUUUUUUUGUAAGUACCUGCUUAGCUUCAGUGGAGAAGCACUAAAUAAACUUGGUUUUUUCUUGUUUUUA